UCUCAAUUUCUCUUCAUUCUCAUCAUAACGUUUGAAGAAUGCUCAUGAACAUUGAAUCAAGAACAAGAUGGAUCCAAAGCUGUUGUUCUGUUUGCCGCAAGGAGAUGCAUUGUUUAACCCUCUUAAUACUAUGUUUAUUCAAAUGGCUUGCAUUCUCGUCUUCUCUCAGUUGUUCUUUCUCCUCCUCAAACCAUGUGGUCAAGCUGGUCCCGUUGCACAGAUUCUCGCUGGUAUUGUGCUGAGCCCUGCUCUUCUCUCAAGAAUCCCUAAAGUCAAAGAGUUCUUCCUCCAGAAAGAUGCAGCAGAUUACUACUCUUUCUUCUCAUUCGCCUUACGAACAUCUUUCAUGUUCUUGAUCGGUCUUGAAUUCGAUCUACAGUCCAUGAGAAGAAACUUAAAGAAAGUCACCGUGAUAACCAUCAGCUCUUUUGUGUCUUGUGGUCUCCUCAGCCUCGCGUUCUUCUAUCUCCUCAAACCUUUACUACACAUCAAAGAGGACUACUUCACGUUCUUCUUGGUUCUGUUCAUUACCUUGUCCAACACGGCAUCUCCUGUAGUCCUACGUUCAAUAGCUGAUUGGAAACUCAACACAUCUGAGAUUGGGCGGUUGGCUAUCUCAUGCGCGUUGCUCAAUGAAUUAACAAACGUGGUGGUCUACACUCUAAUCAUCGCGGUCGUAUCUGGUAAAUUGAUAGGUGAUCUCUUCCUAUUUAUUUUCAUGACAGGAGCCCUAAUCUUGCUCAAUAGGUUUCUAGCUCCAUGGCUCCCAAAGAGAAACCCUAAAGAGAAAUAUCUAUCAAAAGCUGAAACAUUAGUCUUCUUCAUCUUCCUUCUCAUCGUUGCCAUAACAAUCGAAUCAUACGAUGUUAACUCAUCGGUUUCGGUUUUCAUCAUCGGCAUAAACUUCCCAAGGCAAGGGAAAACUCAUAGGACGCUGAUAAACCGGCUUAGUUACCCGAUCCAUGAGUUUGUUCUUCCGGUUUACUUUGGUUACAUUGGGUUCAGAUUCAGCGUCAUUGGGUUAACCAGACGAUAUUACAUUGUUCUCGUUAUUAUAGUGAUUCUAACCUUAGUGGGGAAGUUUAUUGGUGUGAUAAGCGCUUGCAUGUACCUGAAGAUCCCCAAGAAAUAUUGGCUUUUCUUACCAACCAUUCUCUCUGUUAAAGGCCAUGUGGGUCUUCUUCUUCUUGACGCCAACUACGCGGAAAAGAAAUGGUGGACCACAACUAUUCAUGAUAUGGUGAUAGCGGCGUUGGUAAUCACGACGUUACUAAGCGGUGUCCUUGCGUCUUUCAUACUUAAAGCAAGAGAGAAAGACUUCGCUCACCAGAAAACUUCUCUUGAAUCUCACGACACCAGCGAGGAGCUACGCGUCUUAUCUUGCGUCUACGGAGCCCGCUGCGCUCGUGGUGAAAUCUCUCUUAUCUCGUCCUUGAGCGGCUCUCACGGAGGCUCCAAGCCGUUCACGCCUCUUCUCAUGCACCUCGUACCACUCCCGAAGAAGAGAAAAUCAGAGCUGUUGUAUCACGAGCACGAUGAAGAUGUGCAUGUAGAUGAUGACUUUGGGACUAACGAAAGUUUGAUGGUCAACGACUCUAUUGACUCGUUUGCUAAAGACAGUAAGAUAUUGAUCCAACAAGUGAAGCUCGUGACGCAGAUGGUUAGCAUGCAUGAAGAGAUAUGUAACGCAACGGAAGAUCUUCGCGUUAAUAUUGUGUUUCUUCCGUUUCAUAAACAUCAGAGGAUCGAUGGGAAGACUACAAACGAUGGAGAACAUUUCAGGCAGAUGAACCGUAACGUUCUAAGGCAUGCACCAUGUUCGGUUGGUAUAUUCGUGGACCGGAACAUAACCGGGUUUCAACAACCGCAUGGGUUUGGUUCGGUACAAAACGUUGCGGUAUUGUUCUUUGGUGGUCCGGAUGACCGUGAGGCUCUAGCCUUGUGUAAAUGGUUUGCUAACAACACGUUGAUACAUCUUACAAUCAUACAGUUCGUUCCCGAGGAUUCACAUCCAGAGUCUCCAGUUAGGAAUGCGACAACACGAGAUAGUAGUGAGGUUCUUAUAGAUGUUCAGGGAAGAGGCCAAUCUGAACAUGAAGCAGACCGAAGUUUAUUAGAAGAGUUCCACAAUAGGUUUGUGUCAACGGGACAAGUAGGGUUCAUAGAGAAGCGUGUGAGCAACGGACCACAUACGCUGACGGUUCUAAGAGAGAUCGAGGAGCUGUAUUCACUCUUUGUGGUUGGGAAGAGCAGAGGAGACUGUCCUAUGACGGUGAGAAUGAAAGAUUGGGAAGAGUGUCCGGAGCUUGGUACUGUCGGAGAUUUCUUCGCUUCUUCUUUAGAUGUAAAUGCUUCUGUAUUAGUUGUUCAAAGACAAAGAAAUUCACAUGAUGACUUUAUAGAUGAUUAGUAAACAUUUCUUAGU